UAUCCCACUUUCUUUAGCAUCCUCUAUAUAAUUACCACUCCCUAUCAUUCAGUCCUUCGCCAUGGGAAGCAUGAAGGUGCAUCAGUUGGCACGUGGAUUUUGGGAGCACGAACCCUUUCUUACGCUGGGUUUCAAGCGUUUACGCCCUCUCGCUCCCAAGCUGGCCAACACAGAUCAUAGUGCUGCUUCUUUCGAUCUCAAGAGCUUCAUUAGACCCGACAGUGGCCCUAGAAAUCUUGCCUCUUCUGACGAGAAGAAAGAUUCCCCUCAGGGGGAGACGCACCCGGGAGGGACACGUUGGAACCCAACGCAAGAGCAGAUAGGUAUACUAGAGAUGUUGUAUAGGGGAGGAAUGAGAACUCCUAAUGGGCAACAAAUAGAAGAUAUCACUGCACAACUAAGCAGAUACGGCAAGAUUGAAGGGAAGAAUGUUUUUUACUGGUUCCAAAAUCACAAAGCCCGCGAGAGGCAAAAACAGAAGAGGAACAGCCUUGGUUUAAGCCAUAGUCCGAGAACCCCAUCUCCCGUUACCAUUAUAUCUUUGGAUACUAGGGGAGAGGUGGAGAGAGAGGAGGACAGUCCAUACAAAAGAAAGUGUAGGAGCUGGACCUUUGAGUGCUUGGAAUUAGAGGACAGCAGGUCAUGUAGAGAGAAGGGAGAUAGAACUCUCGAGCUUUUCCCAUUGCACCCGGAAGGCAGAUGAAGGGGUUGUAAAGAAAUAAAUAAAUAAAUCCCAUUCAACUUUGUUAAUUUCAUUGUGAUGAUCUGCCUUGACGUGCUUUUCUUUCUUUAGUUUCUUUCUUUGUUUCGAGAAAGAAGAAAGGCAUUGUCUCUUUGUACUCUAUUUUCUGACUUGGAACCAAAGCUCCUUGUCACUCUUUA